GGAGUCUAUCAGUGUCACCUGCUCAGCUCCAGCACCCUGUCCACUCUCCCCUCCUAAACUCACCUGGACUCUCUAACAAAACCUUCCCAAUACAAUGGAGGAAAACAAAGAUCGGACUUCAAUGACUACAAUCCAGAAGACCUUCACUCUGUCAGACGAACAUGAUGGAUUCAACAUCACCUGCUCUGCCAGCUAUCCUGUGAAUGAAGGGAGAGAUGUGAAGACGGCAGAGGAGACACAGACUCUUACAUUCGCAUGUUUAAAAAAUGUUUUAAUGAUAUCAGCUGACAAGACAAAUGAUCUUUUCUCAUCGUUCCAUGUAUCAUCCAGACGCUCCCAAAGAUGUCACGGUUGUCGUCAGUCCUGCUGAAACGGUGUCAGUCGGCAGCGUGGUGAAUCUGACUUGCUCCUGCAGAGGAAACGUUGACGGCUUUGCCUGGCUCAUGAUGAUGAGUGAUGGCAGACUGCACUCCAUGAAAGAUGACACCCAGCUUUAUGUAUUUGAAGUCACCAACAUUGAUCGAGGCAGAUCGUAUUUCUGUGGGUGCAGUAAUGCUGUGGGCCUUCGACUAUCGAAAGGAUGUGCGUUGAGAUUUGAAGGUGAUCAACAGGCUGGGACGGUUGAUGGUCAUUUGAUACUGAAGAGCCUGGGAAUCGUAAUGCUCGUCAGUACAAUGGUCAUCUUUGAAUGCUGGUUUAGAUCAAGACACUCGUCUAAACCAGAGAAGGUAUCCUCCAGACGAGUAGAGAAUCCUGAAUAUGGUGACCAACAUGUUCCUGCUAGUCCUCUUUGUUUCAGAUUGUCUCCCACAUCUUGUUGAAGGUACUUGUUCUAAGUCCCUUUACAUUACCACACCGAAUCGGAUGAUAGCACUGAGUGGAUCCUGUUUGCUGAUCCCGUGUAACUUCAGCUCUGAACCAGCUACGGACUUCACCAGCACACGAGAAACCUACGGAGUGUGGAUUAAAGAACAGUCGGCUUUUGGCAAUAAACCAGAAAACAUUAUUUUCCACAGUAAUGGGACAAUUCACACAUAUCCAAUGAGUAUUACUGGAAACCUGAGACAGAGAAACUGCACCACUCUGUUUUCUAGUUUGGAAAAAAAACACACAAACAUGUACUUCUUCAGAAUUGAGAACAGCCCAUUUCUGGCAACUGCUGCGUGUGAUCCUCUUCAAAUAACAGUGACAGAUUCUCCUCCGAGCCCCACCAUUAAGAUCUCAGGUGGUCUGAAGGAGAAGGAGUCUGUGUCUGUAACCUGCUCAGCUCCAGCUCCCUGUCCACUCUCCCCUCCUAAACUCACCUGGACUCUCCAACAAGAUUCUCCCAAUGUAAUGGAGGAAAACAAAGAUCGGACCUUCAGGACUAGCAUCAAGAAGACCUUCACUCUGUCAGACAAACAUGAUGGAUUGAACAUCACCUGCUCUGCCAGCUAUCCUGUGAAUGAAGGGAGAGAUGUGAAGACAGCAGAGGAGACACAGACUCUCCAUGUUUCAUAUGCUCCUAAGGACACCUCCACCUCCGUCAGUCCGCCCUCAGGUGUGGUGUCAGCGGGCAGCUGGGUGAACCUGAGCUGCUCCAGCAGAGCCAAGCCUCCUGUCCGCAGCUUCACCUGGUUCAAGGAGAGCGAAGGUGGAGACAUCAACGUGUCACAGGGAGAGCUUUACAGCUUUAAUGCCUCAGAGGGAGGAGGUUAUUACUGUGUGGCUGAAAAUGAGUUUGGUAAUGGAACGUCAUCAAAGAUCCAGCUGGCUAUCAAAGGAGCAAAACAGCUUGAUAGCUCUUCACAAUGGGUGGGAGUUGUUGGGGGGAUCAUUGGGAUCAUCAUACUCAUCUGUGUGGCUGGUGCUGUUUGGUAUUUAAAGUCAAAACAUACAACUUCACAGCAGACACAGCAGAGGGAGCAGAUCAGGGGAGGGAAAGAGACAAAUAUCAAUGUUGCGCAGAGGCUAAGAGCUGUCCAAGAAUCAGCUGGAGCAACAGAAACAGGAGAAGAAAUCCACUACGGAGAGAUCGACUUCUCCAAGCCGAGGAAUACAAGUCCCCCUGUCUCAGAGCAGGACGAUGGACAGAAGGAGGACACGCUGUACGCUCAGGUCAAAGUGUCAAAGACAGCAAACAGCCUCACAGAGACUGCAGACAGACCGGAGGAGCUCUAUGCUCAAGUGAAGAGGAAAUUGGAGCUGGAGCAGUCUGUUGGAGAAGGAACUCCGCUGGCCUUCCAGCUGCAGGUGGAGAGGGGAAGUUGGUCAUUUGCAUUUAAGCUCAUAUUCAGUCUGAUAUUCAUCUCCCAUAAACGGUUUCAUUGCAUCUCUCUUUCUGAUAAAGGCUUCUCUGUCUCAGCGUUAUUGGGUUCUUUUUCAGCCGAGGAGCUGGGAGCCAUGUCUGCGACACAAAUCGUGUUACUGCACAUCCUCUUUAUUUCAGGUUCUAUGUUUUGCAAAGACCUUUCCAUUACUGCACCGGAGCAAAUGGAAGCACUGAGUGGAUCCUGUUUACUCAUCCCGUGUACAUUUAGUGUUUCAACAUCAGCAGAGACUGUCAACAGAAUUGGAAUGUGGAUUAAAGAAACCCAUGAGGAUUUAAAUAAUAAUCCAGGAAAUGUGAUUUACAGAAGUAAUGAGGCAGACAACAUCUAUCCAAUGAAUAUCACUGGAAACCUGAGUAAGGACAACUGCACCACUCUGUUUUCCAGUUUACAAACAAGUUAUUCAAACGUGUACUUCUUCAGAUUUGAGACAAAGUCGUUUAAAGGAACUGCCGUUUCUGAAAAUAUUGAAAUAACUGUUAAAGAUUCUCCUCCGAGCCCCACCAUUGAGAUCUCAGGUGAUCUGAAGGAGGAGGAGUCUGUCACUAUAACCUGCUCAGCUCCAGCUCCCUGUCCACUCUCCCCUCCUAAACUCACCUGGACUCUCCAACAAGAUUCUCCCAAUGUAAUGGAGGAAAACAAAGAUCGGACCUUCAGGACUAGCAUCAAGAAGACCUUCACUCUGUCAGACAAACAUGAUGGAUUGAACAUCACCUGCUCUGCCAGCUAUCCUGUGAAUGAAGGGAGAGAUGUGAAGACAGCAAAUGACACAAAGACUCUCCAUGUUUCAUAUGCUCCUAAGAACACCUCCGCCUCCGUCAGUCCGCCCUCAGGUGUGGUGUCAGCGGGCAGCUGGGUGAACCUGAGCUGCUCCAGCAGAGCCCAGCCUCCUGUCCGCAGCUUCACCUGGUUCAAGGAGAGCAAAGGUGGAGACAUCAACGUGUCACAGGGAGAGCUUUACAGCUUUAAUGCCACAGAGGGAGGAGGUUAUUACUGUGUGGCUGAAAAUGAGUUUGGUAAUGGAACGUCAUCAAAGAUCCAUCUGGCUAUCAAAGGACAACCUAGCCCAUCACCUCAAAUGUGGCCGGUUUAUCUAGGAGUCAUCAUUGGGAUCAUCCUACUCAUCUCCCUGGUGGUCUUCAUUUUCGCUUUCUUACAUUGGAGGCGGGGGUAUUGGACAUCCUCAACUGAACAACUGAGUCUGGGUGAAGAGCUGACUGUUGAAGGUAAAAGGGAAGAGGAAAUCCAGUACAGUGAGAUCCAUUUCUGCAAGCAGACACCUGGGCCGUCCCCUGUCUUGGUGCAGGACGGCGGACCGAAGGAGGAAACGCUGUACGCUCAGGUCAAAGUGCCCGACCCAGCAAAUAGCCAGACUGCUGCGCAACCAGACCCCUACGCUCAAGUGAAGAAGAAAUUAGUUUGUAAAAAGGUCAUCUUUCAACCAUUGUCACCUUUCACCUGCCAACCAAAGGAUCUCUCUUCUAUUGAUGUGGUUUAUUUGGGUCUUGACAUUCACUGCGGUCCAGUCUGCGAGGAUGGUGAGACCCAACAUUUUACUGAGUCUCUUCUUCCUUUCAGAAUUUGUUUCACAGGUGCUUGGGCUCAAUCUGGGUGUCUGAACCACCUGCGCCUAACAACACCUCAGGAGAUGGAGGCACUAACUGGAUCCUGCCUUCGUAUCCCAUGUAACUUCACUGAUCACAAAGACAAUACAGACCGAUUUAUUGGGACAAGACAAUCCUCCGGAGUGUGGAUUAGAAACACUGUUGACUUUGCCAACAAUAAAGAAAAAGUGAUUUUCAACAGUAGUGAGCCAGUAAACACCUAUCGAAUGAACAUCACUGGAGACCUGAGGCAGAGAGAUUGCACAACUUUAAUUUACAGUUUGAUCUCGAGUUACACAGACAAAUACUUCUUCAGAGUUGAGAACAAACCAUUUCUGGCAACAGCUGAUUGUUCUCCUCUUCCAAUAACAGUUAAAGAUUCUCCUCCGAGCCCCACCAUUGACAUCUCAGGUGAUCUGAAAGAGAAGGAGUCUGUGUCUGUAACCUGCUCAGCUCCAGCUCCCUGUCCACUCUACCCUCCUGAACUCACCUGGACUCUCCAAGAAAACCCUCCCAACACAAUGGAGGAAAACCAAGAUCAGACCUUGAGGACUACAAUCCAGACGACCUUCACUCUGUCAGAUGAACAUGAUGGAUUGAACAUAACCUGCUCUGCCAGCUAUCCUGUGAAUGAAGGGAGAGAUGUGAAGACAGCAAAUGACACAAAGACUCUCCAUGUUUCAUAUGCUCCUAAGAACACCUCCGCCUCCGUCAGUCCGCCCUCGGGUGUGGUGUCAGCGGGCAGCUGGGUGAACCUGAGCUGCUCCAGCAGAGCCCAGCCUCCUGUCCGCAGCUUCACCUGGUUCAAGGAGGGCAAAGGUGGAGACAUCAACGUGUCACAGGGAGAGCUUUACAGCUUUAAUGCCACAGAGGGAGGAGGUUAUUACUGUGUGGCUGAAAAUGAGUUUGGUAAUGGAACGUCAUCAAAGAUCCAUCUGGCUAUCAAAGGUGAAGUUAAUUUCGCACAGUGGGGGGCAGUUAUUGGAGGAACCAUUGGGAUCAUGGUACUCAUCUGCCUGGUUUUCUGCGUUUGGCACUUGGUGUCAACACAUCCGACUGCAGAACAGACUCAGAGUCAAAUAGGUGAGGAGCUGACUGUUAAAGAGCCGGAGAGUAAAACAGAAGAAGAAGAAAUCCACUACGGAGAGAUUGACUUCUCGAAGCAGAAGGAUAAACGGACCCCCAUCUCAGAGCAGGACGGUGGACAGAAGGAGGACACGCUGUACGCUCAGGUCCAAGUGCAAGAGACAACCAAGAGCCGUACAGAGACUGCUGGGAGGCCGGAGGACAUCUACGCUCAAGUGAAGAAGAAUUAACAUAUAGUCAGAUUAACAUACUGUCAUAUACUCAUAGAAGGGGUUGUCUUUAAGACAUCUCAACGGGAAAUGUAUUUUUCACAGCCUGGUUAAAGAAAGGGGAACUUAAAACCUUCUUGCAAGUCGUAUAUGUAUAUUUCAAAACUCAUAUUUUUGGUUUUCCGGUUCGUCAGAUCAGGGUAUAUACCACAAGUCUUCAUGGGGAACUAAAACUCAUGAGAAUUAAUUAUAGUGAAGAUAAAAGAUUGUAUUUAAUUUUGUGAUAUAUUGCAGAUGUUUUUAUUUUAUUCAGUUACCUUCAAUAAAAGAAAAGGCACAAGACA